ACUAAAGCUCAAAAAAAAAGCGUGGGAGCAGCUCUCUCUCCCGCGAAGGGAUUUUCGUGGAGGUCGGUUCAGGGAAACCUCUGGAAGCGCUUGCCCGCCCCAACCCCGUGCGCGGCGUUCUCCGGGCGCUCUGUGCCGCUGGAUGCCGCGGGGCUGGGGGGCUCGGCCUGGCCCCCGCCGAUGGAGCCGGGCUGCCAGGCGGCGCUCGGCGGGGCCUGUGCGGGCGGAGCGCCGGCCCGAGCACGGCGGCUGGCGGCGCCCCGGCCCCCCGCAGCGGUGCCGCGGGCGCGUGUGGGCCGCGCCGGGGCCGGGCGGCUGCGGCCGACGGGCCGCGCCGGGGCCCCGCUGCCCUGCCCGGCAUGGGGCGACCCCUGCCCGGCACGGGCCCGGGGGUGCUGCCCGCAGCCCUGCCCCUAGCGCCCCGAGGGAGCCGCAGGAGCCCGGCCAGAGGCAGCAGGAUUGUGACUUGCACUUACAGAGUCAGCAACUGGAAAAAUGCCAGAUUCUGAAAGUAAUUUGGUGUCUUCACAUGUGGAUGUUAUAAAUGGUACUUCAGUCUUGAGCGAAACAAAAAUUUCGGAUGAAAAGGGAUCUGUUGAAAAAAGAGCAGUGACUCGGAUUGGGAAGAAUGGCUAUCCUGACUCCAUAUACAUAAAUGCAGCUAAGAUUUUUCAAGGCAUUCGUACCGAAAAGAGUACGGGUAGAAUCCUGCUGCGGUACGGCGAUACCUCAGAAUCGCCCGUGGUGGCUUUUAAAGAUGAGCAUUCCAGGCGUGUCUCUUAUGAACUGGCUUUCAAUGCUCUAAAAUAUCAAGAUCUUCUUGAAGAAAUGUUGUUAGAUAGUAAAGUUUACCCAUGCUACUCAAUACCAGAUGAGCUAACCAGCUUGCUUGUUGUGAUGCUUUAUGACCUACAAGACCGAAAGUUUGAAAAACGAAAGGUUUUUGCUGAAGAGGAACUUGUAGCAGAAGUUCAGGAAAUAGGGCAUUAUUUAUACAGAUAUAAGACCAAACUGGCAGCUGCACUAGCACGAUGUCGCAUCAAAUAUGAUGCUCUUUCAAUUGAGUACUUUGUGCCAGAAAGCAUAUCAAAGCGGGAACAAAGGACUUCUGCUUUACCCGUCUGUUUUUGGAUAAACACUUUUAAAAUCAGCCUUGAAGAUGUUAUCAGAGAUUUGGAGAUGAAUGGAUUCACAAAGGUUGAAUCUGUGUCAGACUUUGACCAUUACACGUAUGCUGUGGACCAACAUUGCCAUGAUGUAUUGGUUUUUCCUUCCUCUCUUAGAGAAGAACUGCUUAAUUUAGAUCUUUUUGCAGAUUGCAAACUCUUACUGCAGGAUAAGUCUCGCAGCCUUGCUGUACACUCCGCACACGCGCUGUUGGGCGAAGGUGGUGACAUUAUAAUGGCUCACAGAGGUUCCCAUCUGACCAUUGCCCAUAUGUCAGUGCUGACAAAUGACAGCACGUCCAGAAUUUUUGUUUGUGGUGUGGAAUCUUCGGCAAAAGAAGAACUGAUGAACAGUUUCAUUCACAUGGGAUGUAAAAAUAUUUGGUUGUUACAUGAAGACUUUACUGAGCUUCAACCAACAGACCCAAGACUUGAAAAAGCAAAAGUUAUUUUGCUGCUACCACAAUGCUCUGAACUGGGUGCUGGCAAUCCAAUGGAGCUUAUUUUAAGUGAACACAGAGAUGCAGAAUUGUUACGAGACCUUUUCCAGGGAUUUGUGUCUGAGGAUAAACUCAGGAUUCUUGCUGAGAGGCAGCUUAAUGAGUUGCUUCAUGCACUGAAAUUUAACAAAGUACAAGCUAUUGUUUACUGCACUUGCUCAGUUUACCCAGAAGAAAAUGAACUUGUAGUGAAAAAAGCACUGGAAUCUGGAGUGGAGGGAGAUAAAGUACGACCAUAUAGGCUUAUUCCUUCUAUUUUUUCUACUUGCUCCGAUUCAGAGCCUUCCACUGAAAUGUUUUUCAAAAUGGAGCCAUCAGAAAUUUCCAGUGGCUGUUUCCUAGCUGUUCUAGAGAGAGAGAAAAAAGUGACUGCUAAAGACAUUUUGGCUUCUGCUGCGGCAAAAGCUCUACUAGAUGGCAUUGUUGAAGAAAAACCAAAAGAAGAGGUGAAAAAGCCAAAAGUAAAACAACGCAGACGUAAGGUUGCUGCUAGUGAUAGUAAGCCAAAAGCUGCAAAGCUCCUUCACCGCCAAACUGGAGCUAAUGUUAAGGCUGAAGUUCCCGUGUCUAAAGCAGCCAGUAAGAUACAAGAAAAGCAUGUUUGCCCAGUGUGCCCCACAAAAGCAGGCAGUGACACCCCACAGAAGACUGUGCAAGGGAAAAAAGCAGCCAGUAACAUACAACGAAAGAGUGUGCACCGAACAAAAGCAGCCAGUAAUGUAUCCACGUCUAAAGCAGCCAGUAAUGUAUCCACGUCUAAAGCAGCCAGUAAUGUAUCCACGUCUAAAGCAGCCAGUAAUGUAUCCACGUCUGAAGCAGCCAGUAACGCACAGCAGAAGAACGUGCCCCGAACAGACAGCCCUGUCGAGCUGAAGAAAUCUGUGAACCCUGAUUGACACACAGCACCACUGAAAGUGCAGAAGCCAACAUCUCAUCUAUCACCUCUGGGCAAGGUGUAUGAGACAGACAGACACCUGCUCAAAAGGCACACGCAGAACAGAACAGGGUUGUACUGAAGGCCCCAACAUCACUUUGCCUUCACAGGUAACACCAUAUGAAAGGUUAAUGAAACAAACCCAGGGUAUCAACUUAACAUUGCUUUCAUGGCCAGACUGGAGCAGAGAGUCCAAGUGGUUGGAUAUUUCCACCACCCUGGUCAAAAAUGGUCAAGCCAACUUGGCUGUAUGAACCUUCAGACUGUGCCCUCCCUUUGUAAAGAAGGUAAAGGUUCCUGUAUAUGAAUCAGGAGCCUUAAAUUACAGUAUAUAUUUAUGCAAGGAUAAUCUGGCCUUAGGAUAAAUUAUGGGCUAGGUAUAUAGAAAUAUCCAUGUUAGAUAGUAACUUUUCAUCCAGUAAUCACACUUGAAGUAAAUGGAGCUCAGCUGCCUAAGGCUGGUAGAUUGUUGGGGGAAGUGAGGUCAAAAACCUAUAGCCUUUUGCUAUACAGUUUGAAGUGACAAAUCGUACGCCCAGCGCCUCACUGUAUCUAAACCUUUACAGAUAAUCAGUUUCAAAUUGAUGUUUUUAAAGUGAGACUGAAUUUUUUAAAGUGGCUUUUCUUUACAAGUGCUAGGUACCAUUUUUGUGAGUUUCCACUUAAGACUGAUGCAUGGAAAAUAAGCCUUGUAUUUCUAAAACUGGAUGUGAACUUUUGUACAGGAAACUGGCCAAGUACAUUAAAGCCCAUGCAUAGGCUUUCUAGUGUGCUUCUCUUGGUUUCUUUUGAAGUGUGCAUUGAAAUACUAACAGUGAAAACUAGAUCAAAUUUUCUCAUGCUAAAAACACUGAAUCGUCAUCAUAAUGUCACAUCAGACUGUGUCAUGGUUCAUAACUGCUUUUUAUCCAUUUCUUAACAAACAAUUCUUAGUUGAAAAGAGCUGCUACUGUCAAAGUAACAUUUUUAUAAACGUUACCGCUAGUCAGCUGAAUGGUGACUGGACAAAGAGUAGCUGCCUGUCUUUGCAAACAGCUGUGGGCUUCUAAGCUGCUCCCUUUUGCUAGCAAAGAUAAAAUAACUGUAAAACAUCUACAACUGUCUUGUAGAGGAUAAAAGGAGGCACAGAGAUACUUUUAACAAUAAACCUGAUUUGUAUCUAGAACUUGUAAAAAUGAAAGAGACAGCACAGCAAUACAGAAAGACAAAGGUAUCUAUGGCCCACACAUUUUCCUCUAGGCAACCAUUGCAGAUGCUUGGGAAGAGUGUUGCCAGGAGCACCACCACUAUAGUGUGGGACUUAACUGAUUUGACAGACGGGUCUGGAUUUAGACCCAUCCAGAGCAAAUGUUAUAACAUCUCCAUUUUGUCUUCACCCACACCGGUCAGUGUCACUGGAUCAGCAGUACCUUUUUAAGAAAGGAUGUGAAUGAUAUUACCCCAGCAGUGUAGACAGCUGGCUCUUGUUCAUCUGAUAAAUAUCCUUGCUUCACUGAAUCAGUGAAAAUUUCUUACAGCAUUUUAAUCUGAGCCAGCUGUCCUAUACAAAGACAUCCCUCACCUUCUGCAUAUCCCUGUGAGCAAUCCAUGCUCCUUGCCUGUUCCAGUAACACAAUGAACUCUACUCUUUUCUGAACAAACUUGUUAGGAUAGAUUUAGACCCAUACACAUGCCAUAUGUAGAACCAGAAAAAAAAUCUUAUUUUAUUUCAAAACCAUCUAGGAGAAGAAGAGAUUCUGCAUGAUGGAUGGAAGGAAUGGACACUACGCAUAUUUCUUUUUUCCCCAAUGUGGUUGUUAAUGUUUAAAAUAAACUUAAGAGAUUCUGCAGUUAAAUAAUGAUUUUUGAAAAAAAAAUCAAGAUCUGUAUCAUUCAUUAUUAAAGUUGAAAUUACUUGUGAAACAACAUAUUCUGUCUAAUAACAGAAUUUCUGGGCUACUUACCUGAUAUGUGCCAUGAUGUCCCUCACUUGGCCUCAACUUGCUUUCAGGAAUUUGCAUUUUUGACCCGGUAUGGAGGUUAAACCAGUCAGAAUCUUGAUGUCUUACCAAGAAUAUCAGACUGUGAAUAUUUCAAUUGCAGGUCAGCAUUUUACUUUGUAAGCAUGGAACAUCACACAGUGGCAACACCCGGGACUGACUUCAGAUGGCUUGUAGGUAGAUGCCUGUAACAGUCUUUUUACAGUAAAAUUGUAUCUUAUUUCACUAUUUUUCUGUAAUCCAGUUGUUUAUUUGUAAUUUUCAACUAGAAACUGUUGAUUCAGCUUUCCAGAUACAAAACUCCUUAGAGUACUGCUAUUGCCUCUAAACCACCAGUAUGUUUUUCCCUUCCCUCAACCACCGUUUUGAACAAAAUAAUUUCGCAAUUUCAUGGAGCAGUAACAGUUGAGACAAUCACUUUAUGCAGCUAAAUUUAUUCUCAGAACAGAUUACAUUUAAAUAUGGAGAAGUGGUCAACAGCAGGGAAAAUUGUCCUUUUUGUUGUCAGUCAUGUACUUUCAUGUAAGACUGGGCUCUGCUGAUAAACAGUGUUGUGUUUCCUUCUGUCUUACUGUUGUUAAAUCAAACUUGCAUGGGCUGAUGGGACAGCACAUGUGGCAGUGUGUUAAUUGAUGUGCCCGAGAAAGGAGUGAUGCAUUCGGGGGUAAUGCUGAAAUGCUGUGCCCAUCCCGGCUCUUGAAAUGAGAAUGUUCUCUUUUCCAUGGGUGACGUACUAACACUUUUAGAUUCCAUGGUAAACGAUCUAUGAAAUGCUUGAUAAAAUUAAGAAAUGUAGAACCCUUAGUGACAGCACUGGUGUGAGCUAUUAGAUACUCCACACUUUUUGUUCCUCUGCCACUGAAGGGCAUAAUAUUUCUGUAGGUACAGGUGACUCUGCACAGGAAGUAUAUCACUAAACCUCCUCUUACUGGGAAUGGAUUCUGUGCUAUUCCUGUGCUAUUUUUGUUAUUCCCAGUUAACCACCCUGUAGGUGGCCUCCAUAGCCUUGCAUCUCCCACACCUCCUUGCUCCCCUGUAAAUGAAACAGUAAGUGGCUUAAAUAAAACCUACAGCACUACAGAUUUCAAAAGAAAGGCUUUUAUCUAUUAGUCAUUGACUGUGAAUAUAAAUCUCCUUGCUACUGCAAGGGGGCGUGCUGACAUGACUGACUGACACGUGAUACCUCUAACUUACUACUUGCAUUGAAAAAAAUUACAAUGUUAGCUUUGCUUUACAUGAUUCUUCUACAGACUUCAAUAAAAAUGUGACUAUAAAUAAUUACAAAGCCUGCCUUUUUUUAGGCAACCUAUAGUAUACAGAGUGGAGAAUGUUACAAGAGCACAUCCAGUAAAGACAAUACAUCAACAUAAUAAAGCAGGAUAUUUCAGUAAAAAUAGAAUAAAUAAAAUAAAAAUAUUUUAAGCUGUAUUUAACAGGUUAAGUUAGAAUAUGGCAUCAGACAUACAAGGCAUAGUGAACAUGGCUGCCGGCCUACAGAAUCACUAGGUAUUAUAAAAAAUGCAUAGAUAACUGAAGGGUUGCUAUAACAUCAACUAGAACAGUUGCAGUUGCUCAAAAACACACACACACCCACCCCUCAUACAUACUUUUUUUGGCCAUGGUAAAAACAGUGUCUGAGUAUAUUGUGAAACAGAAGAUAAUAGGCUUUGAAAUAUUAGGCUCUGAUUCUGCAAACACCUGGGUGUGUAUUAAUUUUUUGGAGAAUUAGGAGCUCUACUGAAGCAAAAAGGCCACAUAUAGUCAAAUCAUCAAGCACACUACUUAAAUAUUUGCAAAAUCAACAGCAUUUUGUUAACAGACAAAAACCUCUUAAAACAUACACUGGCAAGUGAUGUACAGCUUUUCAAAUACCUUUCUGUCUUCUCCUCAGCCCUGCCUGCAGCUGCACCCAUUGCUAAUGAAAGCUAACUAGAUGUUCCUAGCCUUGACAACACAGAUGUAGAACCUUUACACUGCUGUUUGAUAAGUCUUGGUUUAGUUAAAGAGAGUCUGGAUCUCUCUUGGGGAGAAUCAGCACGGUGCAGAUGCAACGAAACAAUUUAAUUAUAGUGUUUAAAAUUAAUUCACUGCUGUACAACAGUUGCCAAUCACGACGUUGUCAGCAGGAACUUUAAAAAGAUACUGUCAAAGUAUUUAAUUUAAAAUAAAAUAAAAUGUGAAUCACUAGCACAAUGAUGAACAAGGAAACUUUAAUCUCUUCACAAUCCUACCUAAGGGUACCUGUUAGCUACCACAGCUUGAGAGCAGCCAUUCCUGGAAAUAUUCAAGACCAGGUUGGAUGGACAACUUUGCCUGGUGAAAAGUGCCCUCUGAUAGGGUUUGGAAUGAGACGACCUUUGAGGCCUCUUCCAGACCAAACAGUUCUGGGAUUGUGUGCUAGGAAGUGAGUUUUACUGCUCCUAGCAGAGGUGACUGGGAUCAGGACUGGAAACUAUGGAAGCUGUAUGCAAGCUGCCAUGCCCGUGCUUUGUGAUCUGGCUCCGUGGUCAGUUCAGCCACAGGUACUGCUAAAGGGGCUGGGUUUGUUUGCACCCCCUCCCCUCCAGCUCUCCCCGUGUACUCAGCACAAGCAGCUUCUCCAGCUGUGCAGGCAAUAGAGGUGGUGCAAAGGAGGUGGCAAGAGCGUGAGCCUUGAGAGGGGAAACAGCUGCUUCAGUGCCUGAGGUGCAGGAUUGUGGUCAUGAAGAGAUCUGAGAUCCAUAGAGGAUCAGCUCUUCAGAGGGUAUUGUAGAAAGCUAAAUUUAAUUACAAUAGUUGCAUAGCCAGCCUUCACCUGACACUUGCUCAUACAUCACACUGAGUUUGGUAAUGAUUUUUCUGCGUUUUUUCAGUGCAGAAAUUUUGUGAAUCAUCAUUAUUUUCCUGUUGUGUUCCUAAGUUACUUUGCCAGGUGUGGUCAUUAAUUUCUUCAAACAAGGAAAUAAAAAAGAAAAUAGUUUGUUUAUAACAGUCUCUCGCAUAUUAAAAUAAAAAAAGAGUUAUUGUAACAAGAACUUUACCAGUGCUCCUUUAU